UCGGAGCCCUGACAUUUUCAUUCCUAUGCGUCCUGGGGUCUUCAUUGUUUGCCCUGGGCACGCAUUUGAGAGGGACGGCCGCCCUUCUACCUGUCAUGUUACUGGGCAGGUUGUUGUUUGGGGCGGGCAAUGGAUCUCUUACAAUUGUGCAAACUCGUCUGUCUGCCAUCUGGUUCAAAGAUAAAGAGCUUGCAAUGGCAUUCGGAGUGACCUUGGCAUUCUCAAGGCUGGGCAGUGUUCUCAACUUCCUGGUCACCGUCAGCUUUGCCGAUCGAUUUGGUCUUUCGUGGACUUUGUGGGGAGGUGCUAAGUUCAUCCAAGACAAAUAUGGGUACAACCAGAAAGAUGCAUCAUACGUGUCAGGGGCGGUCUACUACCUUUCCAUGGUCCUAUCACCCUUCCUUGGAUAUGUUGUUGACAUCAUAGGGAAGAGAGAGGCUUUAACUUUUGCCUGCGCCAUCCUCACCACCCCCGUCUUCAUCCUCCCGGCAGUCACUGAUCUCUUCCCCAUCAUCCUCACUCUCUGGUUGGGUCUCACGUACUCCCUCGCUGCGGCGAGUAUGUGGCCCUCUAUUCCAUUGGUUGUCAUGCAGUCAGCCGUAGGCACAGCUAUGGGACUUGUUACUUCAAUUCAGAUGAUUGGCAUUGGACUGUCAAACAUCAUUGUGGGGGCCAUCCUAGAAACAAAAGAUCAAAACAAGGAAGAGAUCCUACUCAGAUGGAAGUAUGUCAUGACCUUUCUUCUCGCCAACAACGUUCUCUGCAUUCUUGUCUCUGUAGCCUUGAAUUUCGUCGAUAGAGCGAGAAUAUUAAAGAAUGGCGUGAAUCAAUACUCAGCCAAAGACCAUUUCAACAUUUGCAAAAUCCAUCGACUUACGAAGGAGAAAGGAGAUUUUCCGUAA